AUAAUCUGAUUAGUCUCUCUUGAUUUCAGCACUGGCAUUAAUGCAGGAGAUUAACUUCCAGACUUGUUUCAUUGCGCUUUUCAUUUAUUUAGUAAAAUGUGGACAAUCCCGAGGCCAAACUACAGGAGGGAUGAGACCGCGCAGGCGGAGAUUGCUGUGAACAUCGGCGGAGUGAGGCUGGUGCUUUUAGGUGACAUGUUGAACCGUUACCCGGAGAGCAGAUUGGCCGAGCUGGCGAACUGUUCCACUGACAACGAUGAAGUUAUCUCGUCGCUUUGUGACGACUUUGACCCGAACAGAAAAGAGUUCUACUUCGACCGAGACCCCGAUGCCUUCAAGUGCAUCAUCGACGUUUACUACUUUGAUGAAGUCCACAUCAAAAACGGCAUCUGUCCCAUCUGUUUCAUCAAAGAGAUGGAGUUCUGGAAAAUAGACCAGUGCGUUUUGGAUGAGUGUUGUAAGAGUUACCUGAGUGAGAAAGAGGAGGAGCUGACGGAGAUUUCCAACAAGGUGAAAGUCAUCCUGGAGGAUCUGGAGGUGGAGCGGUGCAUUACACGCAGCCAGCGGUGCCAGAGGUUCCUGUGGAGGCUGAUGGAGAAGCCCGAGUCCUCUCUGCCGGCGCGCGUCAUCGCCAUCGCGUCCUUCCUCUCCAUCCUGAUCUCGGCGGUGGUGAUGUGCGUGGGAACCAUCCCGGAGGUCCAGGUCACAGAUGCCGAGGGGAAACUCGUGGAGCACCCGACCCUGGAGGCGAUAGAGACCGCGUGCAUGAUGUGGUUCACGACGGAGUACCUGCUGCGUCUCGCCUCCUCUCCGAACAAGCUGCACUUUGCGCUCUCCCUCAUGAACGUCAUCGACUUCAUGGCCAUCAUACCUUUCUACGUGGUCCUGUCGCUCACCUACCUCGGCACCACAUCCAUGAUGGAGCUGGCUAAUGUCCAGCAGGCUGUCCAGGCGCUGCGCAUCAUGCGCAUCGCGCGUAUUUUCAAGCUGGCGCGUCACUCCUCCGGACUACAGACUCUGACCUACGCGCUGAAGAGGAGCCUCAAAGAGCUCGGGCUGCUCCUCAUGUACAUGAGCGUGGGGAUCUUCGUGUUCUCGGCGCUGGCCUAUACUAUGGAGCAAAGCCACCCAGAGACGCUCUUCAGGAGCAUCCCUCAGUCUUUUUGGUGGGCCAUCAUCACUAUGACCACAGUGGGUUAUGGAGACAUCUACCCGAAAACCACGCUAGGGAAGUGCAACGCCGCUGUCAGUUUCUUGUGCGGGGUCAUAGCCAUCGCUCUGCCCAUCCACCCUAUCAUUAAUAACUUUGUGGUCUUUUACAACAAGCAGAAAGUGCUUGAAACCACAGCAAAGCAUCAGGUGGAGCUGAUGGAGCUGAAGUCUGGAAGGGACAUGCGCAGGAAAAGUAGGAAUUAAGAGGAGACAGUGGGCACAUCGGCAGUCUGAGCAACACAAGACUUUAUUUUUUAUUUUUUAUUGUAUUAAGACUUAAUGUAAGGGUAAGUUAAAGGGAUAGGUCAGGUUUUUAAAGUGUGGUACAAGCACAACCAACAUGCAUGCACAUGUUGGCAGCCAACAGAUUUAAGCUCCUUAAAAAUCUACGUAAUGAAUUAUAUGCCUGAUUAAGUCUAAGACCUCACUCUUAGACAGCCUUUUCUGACUGGAAACUGAAGUAUGUAUCCACUCAUACCCCUCGCCAAAGUCCAUUGAUUAAAUCAACAAUAUUAGAUUAUGACACAAAGAUUUGUUGAUCCAAUGUUUUCUUCCGUCACUAAGUUAAAACAUCUUACUUUGUGGCUUUGGUAAUUGGAAUUGUUCCAUUAAACAAAAUGACCUAAUGACAGAUUUUGGUGUGGAGGAGUGAGCAGUCUACAAACCUAAGAUUCCAUUCACAAAAGGUGUACUGUCUGACAUUAUAAUAAAGACAUUUUAGACUUAAGCAGUAUUACAUUUUAUUGAGUGAAAAACACAAACCAUCACAUUAUAUAGCCAGUUGUCAUAAUCAACAUCAGAGAAUUUGAAACUCCUAAGGUUUGGCUGUAAAACGUGGUACUUGUAAGUGUAUUCAAACGAGCUCCUUUCACCAACACCUGUAGAUAAGAUAGCAUUGAUGUCUUUCCUUUGCUGCUGCUUUCACUGGGAAAUGUGUGAUGUGCUUCUGCCUCUGCACCAAGAUACAGUAUCUCACCUGUGACUCUUCUCAUUGUGAAGGCCGCUGUUCUUCUCAAAUUAAAAUGUGUGCAUGUGAAAAUAAAUCAUGCUUAGAGAGUCAUUACAUAAUUACAUAAAUAGGGGUUAAGGUAAAAAAAACACACACACAAUUUAUAAACAGUAAGAAAUACAAUUUUAAAUGAAGGAUGAACAGUUUUUCUGUGCUCUUCUAAAGCUGCAAUCUGUUCAGAUUAGCCAAGAUUUUGUCUGACUUUCAAAUUCUGCAUGACUGCAGAAUAAAAAAUGAAUAAAAGCAACUGAACACUGUCACUUAAAAAGAAACGCCUCAAAAUUCAAUUAAACACAUAAGAUGCAGCAUCCAGAAAACAGGUGUGUGACAAAAAGAGUAAUCAGAUUAUAGAUGCAUCUUUUGGGUGAGGA